UAUAUAAGUCCAUUCAGCGUCCAGCCUUUAAGUAACAAUACUCAUUUCUCCAAAGAGGUGAAGGAGGGCGGCAUCUCGCCAACUACCUGGCAACUUACACGGCUGUCCUGGACUUCCUGCACUAAAGAUUCCAGCUGAUAUCUUGACAUGAAGCUCAAUUUACUUGGUACCACCGUGAUUCUGCUUGUUGCCUUUUUGCCGCGCCUAGAAUGUCGGGCUAUUGAGAGCCCCGGCGGUCCCCUGCGCGUCCCCGCUCCCCAAACCCAAAACUCCCAGCAGCAGCAGCAGCAUUCUGGCCCCAUUCUGGAGCGACUCGGGGAGGAGUAUUUCAUCCGACUGGGAAACGGGGACUCGAACUCUUUCCCAUCAGCGCCCUUGUACUCCGUCGGAUCGCCUGCCCUCUACAACAGAGCGCUGCAGCUGACGCGGCGUCUCUUACAGGGGAAAGUUGGGAACAUCAGGGCGCUGCUGGACGGCUUCGGAGACCGCGGGGACGAGUCGAUGGAGCGGGGAAGGAGGUCCGAGGACCCGCCGAUAUCUCUGGAUCUGACCUUCCACCUGCUCCGUGAGAUGAUGGAGAUGUCCAAGGCGGAACAGCUGGCCCAGCAGGCGCAAAAUAACAGAAGAAUGAUGGAGCUCUUUGGGAAAUGAAAACCUCUCUCCACCCGCCAAAGAUCUCAGUUCUCUUUGUUUUUUUCUUUUUCUUCAGCAUUUUUAACCAUCAGCACAAAUAUGCUCUGUGCGAUAGUGCUGCUUUAUCACUCUAUUAUUUAGAGCUUUAACCUCAAAUUAUGGAGCGUAAACGGGCUUGUAUGAGCCGAUUGUACCUUUGCCAUUUUAUUGUUGGUGUCAGAUCUGUAGUUUUACGCAGUUUCUUCAUAUUUGAGAUGACACACUUUUGGUUAACACAUGGAUUUCACUGAAAUAAUUUGUAUUUUGUUUUAAAUUAUGAAUCAUUGUAUUUAUGAUAUUUAUGUUUGUUAAUAAAAUCAUGAGCAACCAGUCAUUUUCUGUUGUGCAGCAGGACGUCUUAUAUCUAUAAUUUUUAA